CGCUUCCUCACCCUGGCAACGGGCGGGUGACUACUUCCGGUGCAGUGAAGGCUCGGGGCUGAAGCGGGGUAAUUCCUCUCCUGCAGUUACUUUUGGAUGGAAGUAUGCCCCUUUCUCAAUAGAAGAUGGUAAUCUUGGAGAAUGACCAUGGAGAAGGGGAUGAGUUCUGGAGAAGGGCUGCCUUCCAGAUCAUCUCAGGUUUCGGCUGGUAAAAUAACAGCCAAAGAGUUGGAAGCAAAGCAGUCCUAUAAAGAGAAACGAGGCGGCUUUGUGCUGGUUCAUGCAGGUGCAGGUUAUCAUUCUGAAUCCAAAGCCAAGGAAUAUAAACAUGUAUGCAAACGAGCUUGUCAGAAGGCAAUUGAAAAGUUGCAGGCUGGUGCUCUUGCAACUGACGCAGUGACUGCAGCACUGGUGGAACUUGAGGAUUCUCCUUUUACAAAUGCAGGAAUGGGAUCUAAUCUAAAUCUGUUAGGUGAAAUUGAGUGUGAUGCCAGCAUAAUGGAUGGAAAAUCCUUAAAUUUUGGAGCAGUUGGAGCACUGAGUGGAAUCAAGAACCCAGUCUCAGUUGCCAACAGACUCUUAUGUGAAGGGCAGAAGGGCAAGCUCUCGGCUGGCAGAAUUCCUCCCUGCUUUUUAGUUGGAGAAGGAGCCUACAGAUGGGCAGUAGAUCAUGGAAUACCCUCUUGCCCUCCUAACAUCAUGACCACAAGAUUCAGUUUAGCUGCAUUUAAAAGAAACAAGAGGAAACUAGAGCUGGCAGAAAGGGUGGAAACAGAUUUUAUUCAACUAAAGAAAAGAAGACAAUCAAGUGAAAAGGAAAAUGACUCAGGCACUUUGGACACGGUGGGCGCUGUGGUUGUGGACCACGAAGGGAAUGUUGCUGCUGCUGUCUCCAGUGGAGGCUUGGCCUUGAAACAUCCAGGGAGAGUUGGGCAGGCUGCUCUUUAUGGAUGUGGCUGCUGGGCUGAAAAUACUGGAGCUCAUAACCCCUACUCCACAGCUGUGAGUACCUCAGGAUGUGGAGAGCAUCUUGUUCGCACCAUACUGGCUAGAGAAUGUUCACAUGCUUUACAAGCUGAAGAUGCUCACCAAGCCCUGUUGGAGACUAUGCAAAACAAGUUUAUCAGUUCACCUUUCCUCGCCAGUGAAGAUGGCGUGCUAGGCGGAGUGAUUGUUCUCCGUUCGUGCAGAUGUUCUGCCGAGCCUGACUCCUCCCAAAAUAAGCAGACGCUUCUAGUGGAAUUUCUGUGGAGCCACACGACGGAGAGCAUGUGUGUUGGAUAUAUGUCAGCCCAGGAUGGGAAAGCCAAGAUGCAGUACGUGGUAGGCACUGACAAUUUGCUUUUAUGCCCUGGAGCUGUCAUCACUGUACUGUACAUGUUUGGACUGCACUGUCUGCGGCCAUGUUGAAGGGUAAAAUGAAACCUAAUUUAGGAUGAGGGUUAUAUUAACAAUUCACUAGUAGGAGAUGCUCAGAGUACUUGGAAAUAGAUUUUUCUUCACUUGAAAUAGAAAAUUAAUGCUAUUUUAAAUGUGCUUCCUAAAACAGAUUAGAACCCCAAUAAUUCUUUGAUUUCUUCCAUUGAUGGCUUUUGUGAAUAUCAUGGUAAAAGUUUGAACAGUUAAGAGUUAGGGAUAUUACAGUAGCUAAUAAUGACUGACUAAGAAGGAAGCCUUAUUACUUGGCUUGAGAUUUCAGCUAUUUAAAAAAACCUCAGUUUACUUAGGAGUAAAAGUUUGAUAAAACACAGUAUCUCAUUUUUUGAAUGAAUUAUUUAUUAAACAAUCAUCAUUCAGUGCCUUCUAUAUUCAGGUACUUUUCUGGGGACAUCAUAGUGAACAAAGCAGACAAGAAUCCCUGUACUUGAGAACUUACAUACUGGUGGGGGAAAUAAUGAACAAGAUAAGGCCUAUACUAUGUUUGUGAUAAGUGCUGAAAAGAGAUGUGAAACUAGGAAAGGGGUUAGGAGGUACAGUGGUUCCAAUGUUAGGUAGGUUUCACUUCAAAGGUGUCAUUCAAGUAAAGUCUUGGAGGAUUUAUGGGAGCAAGGCAAGAACCUAUUCCAGGCAUAGGGAACAGCAGGUGCCAGCACUCUCAAUUAGGUGUGUGCCUGGUGUGUUGCAGGGGUAGUGAGAAGGCCAGUCUUAGUGGGUCAGAGUAGGCAAUGGAAGGCCAGAUAGAUUACAUAGUUUUUUAUCCAUUGUCAGUAUUUGGGCUUUUCCUCUGAAAUGGGAGCCAUUGGAGAGUAAUGAGCAGUGUGGAGUGAUAUGAACUGGCUUACAUCUUAAGAGGUGACUCCAGCUGCUGAAAGGGAGGCUGGGUGGAAGGUUGUUGCCAUAGAGAUGAGUGAUAAUAAUGACUUGGACUAGAGCAUUAGUCACACAGGUCAUGAGAAGUAGUUGGCUUCUGUGUGUAUUUUAAGAUAGAGCCAAUGGGAUUUGCUGAUGGGUUGGAUAGAGAUGUGAGGGAAAUAGAAAAGGCAAUGAUGACUUUUAAGAUUUUGGCCUAAACAGAAGAAUGGAAUUGCCAUUUACUAGGGUGAGGAAGAAGGUGAAGUAGGGGAAAAAGACUUGGGGGGGAAGUAGUAGAAACUCAGUUUUGCACAUGUUAAUUCCAAGAUGCCUGUUAGGCAUCAAAUGGGGAGGCCCAAAAGGUAGCUGGAUAUGUGUGUCUGGAGUUUAGGAGAAAGGACUAAGAUGGAGAUACAUAUUAGGGAAUCUCAGCAU